AUGUCUAUUGAUGAUGAAGUAGCAAUAAUGGGCAAUGGAAAUAUGGAUACACAAUCAUGGUUUCAUUCACAAGAAAUUAAUGCAAUGAUUGAUUCAAAAGAAGUAGUCGCCGAAUGGAUGGAUGCUAUAAGAAAAAAUCAAAGUACGGGUGUAUUUGGUAACGUGAUUGCAUUCGGAGACGACAGUAUUAAAUUAGAAUGGCGAGGAAUACAUGCUGAUGAAGAAAUGAAAAAAAAUUGUAUAUAUUAA